AUGCCAAUCGGCGAAACAAACCUCAACGCCCUCCUGGGCAGCCUCUCCCCCAUCCUCUCCCCAGAGACCUACGUCUGGAUAACAACCACGCAACCCCUCACCUCUCUCCCACUCACAACCCUCCAACCUGUACACCUUUAUCACGAAGCCGAAGGUCUCACCCUAGUCACCACCAGGGAAUCCGCUGAAACCCACGGAUUCGAAUACACAUUCCCAUGUAGAAAGAUCACACUCAAAGUUCACUCGAGUCUUGAGGCUGUUGGGAUGACGGCUGCGAUUUCGGGCAGGUUUACGGAGUUGGGGGUGAGUGCGAAUGUUGUCAGUGGGUAUUUUCAUGAUCAUGUUUUUGUGCCUGAAGGGAAGGAGGAGGUUGCUAUGCGAGGACUGGAGGAAUUGGCGAAAGAGGCUAUGCAGAACGAAUGA